CUAGUUGAUGUAGUCACAUGUUUACGGUUGGUCACAUGACUUUGUUUAAAGUAUCCUAGUGCUAGCAUAGCCACACAGCAAAUGUUACGGUUUCCAUUGUUUUGAGUGCACUGACAAUUAUGGCGGGGAUGGGAGAAGAGGAAGACCUUAUAACUGAAGAGGAUCCCCUCACUGGGCAGGGUGAUGGCAGCGCCCGGGCUAGAAGAUCCCCGUGUAGUGACCCGGCUCACUGGCUACACCGAAUUGUGGUUCUGGUGUUUAUGUGUUUCCUUGGGUUUGGAAGUUACUUCUGCUACGACAACCCCGCUGCUCUUCAGACGCAAGUCAUUCAGGACAUGAAGUUGAACACAUCCGGGUUCAUGCAGCUCUACGCCUGGUACUCUUGGCCCAACGUGGUGCUGUGCUUCCUGGGCGGGUUUCUCCUGGACAGAGUAUUUGGCAUCAGGUUAGGGACCAUCAUCUUUGCCUCAUUUGUGUUUGUGGGGCAGAUCAUUUUUGCCAGCGGCGCUCUGUUCAACCGUUUCUGGUUGAUGGAGGCGGGCCGAUUUGUCUUUGGGAUUGGGGGUGAAUCGCUAGCGGUGGCCCAGAACACGUAUGCGGUGAACUGGUUCAAGGGCAAGGAGCUCAACCUGGUGUUCGGCCUGCAGCUCAGCAUGGCACGACUGGGUAGCACAGUGAACAUGAACAUCAUGGGCUGGGUGUAUGACCGCAUAAAGGACCUGAUGGGCUCCGCUGGCCCCACCACACUGGGCAUCGCCCUCAUGAUCGGUGCGACUACCUGUCUGUUCUCCCUGGCGUGUGCCCUGGUGCUGGGCUUCCUGGACAGGAGAGCUGAGAGGAUCCUCAAAAAAGAGCAGGGCAAGACCGGGGAAGUGAUCAAGCUGACCGAUGUGAAGGACUUUCCGUUGCAGCUCUGGCUCAUCUUCAUCAUCUGUGUGUGCUACUAUGUGGCCAUCUUCCCCUUCAUCGGACUGGGACAAGUGUUCUUCAUCGAGAAGUUUGACUUUUCCCCUGCAGAGGCGAGAGCCAUUAACAGUGUCGUGUACAUCAUCUCGGCGCCAGCCUCUCCUGUGCUAGGCUUCAUGGUGGACAGGACGGGGAAGAACGUCCUGUGGGUGGCCUGUGCCAUCCUGGCCACGCUCGCCGCUCACAUGAUGCUCGCCUUCACCUUCUGGAACCCCUGGAUCGCCAUGAGUCUGAUGGGACUGGCGUACUCUCUGCUGGCCUGUGCUCUCUGGCCCAUGGUGUCCUUUGUGGUGCCUGAGCAUCAGCUUGGAACGGCCUAUGGCUUCAUGCAGUCUAUUCAGAAUCUUGGCUUGGCUCUUAUCGCCAUGGCAGCAGGAGCCAUUUUGGACAACCGUGGUUACCUCUUCCUGGAAGUGUUCUUCUGUGCCUGCAUAUGCAGUGAGUGCUAUCUGUCAAGCUGAGAGUGUGUGUGUGUG